GGGAGAGAUAAGACACUUUGACAGGUCAUACACAGACUUCAGCUGAUCAGGGGGCUUCUGCCUUCGAGACUUUAAAGUUUGAGUCGAUAUUCAGGGUCUUGGCACUGUGGAAUGGUCCCUUGCAGCGAAAAUCCCUUCUUUUCCUUCUCAAAGUCGAAUGUUGGAACAGGAAGGCGGUGAAGAUCAGCCCACCUCUAGCUCCUCAUCGCAUUCUGCCAAAGCCGUCACAAAGCCGCAUGGAGCAUCACAGUAGCUCCCGUCUUCGGCGUCAUCUGUAAGCAAAUUUAACCAGCCUCGACAGUUUCUUUUCUUUUCACAUGCCAUGCCGAAUUCCUAGUACCAUGUCUAGAAGGUCCCUCUUACGAGGCCUGACCCUCUUGAGGCCCAAUACCAACCAGCCAUCAACAUGUCGCUUUCUAACUCGGCCAUCCACAUUCACCCUGGCACCACAAACAUGCCGUCUUCUAUCCACAACCUCGACCCAUCAAACGUCCGAGAUUCGCAGCAUCGCAGAACUCCCGAAUAGAAUAAGCCCACGCUAUCUCCAGAGCACAAAGCCCGGAUCAUCCCUAUUAUCGCUAAACUGGCCCAAACCCCCUCGAAAUCUCCUUAUCAUCCACAAGCUAUACUCAGAUGCCGUCGUCGAGGCUGUUGUCAAAUUCUCGACCUAUCUCCAUAAUGAAUACCCAGAAGUCAACCUUGUGUUUGAGCCACGCAUCGCCCAAUCGCUAAAAGACCGUCUCGAUUUUCCUAUUUAUGCGUCCGACUCUCGAUCCAAUAUGGCAGACAAGAUUGACAUCAUUGCUACGUUCGGAGGCGAUGGUACAGUGCUACGAGCUGCAAGUCUCUACAAGCUCCAUGGCUCUGUUCCUCCAAUUCUGUCGUUCAACAUGGGGACAUUAGGCUUCCUUGGCGAAUGGGACUUCAGAGAGUACAAGAAAGCAUGGAGGGAGACGUUUAUGAGUGGUAGUGACGUCGCUACCCGUGAGGCCAACUAUCCUCGAGGUGAUUGGGACAAGAUAAGUCCAGUAUCAUACACAGCAUGGGAAAGGCAUAAGGGUAAAAGCAUGGGGGCCCAACGAGCCUCGAAGGUGUUACUCCGUCACCGCAUCAAGGCUGAUGUGUUUGAUCCGUCUGGUAACAAUAUCAAUCAUUGGUUGUCUGAUACUUUGUCAAGCGAGGCAAAGACGGGGGCGAAGGCGCUAGCGGUACCUCAUGAGCCAUCACCGUCGCUGAGAGCUAUCAACGAGAUCUCGGUACAUCGGGGAUCUCAUCCCCAUCUAGCCAUCAUUGAUAUCUACCAGAAUGGUCACUUUCUUACAGAGACCACUGCUGAUGGUAUCUUGAUAAGCACCCCCACAGGCUCAACAGCAUACAGUCUAAGCGCAGGAGGACCAAUUGUUCAUCCGCUUGUCAAAUCGCUUCUCAUUACACCCAUCAGUCCUUGCAGUCUAAGUUUCCGGUCCCUGGUUCUCCCGCUAGACACUAAAGUUACAUUACGAAUGAGUCGCAAGAACCGCGGCCGUGAACUUGACCUCAGCAUUGACGGCAAGAGGUGUGCGGGAGUGUCGCCAGGGACAGAGAUUCGGGUAGAAGGCGAAUUUGUUGGACGAGCCGGUCCCGGGGAGGAGUGGCAUGGCGGUGUACCAUGUAUGAUCAGGACUGAGGAUGAUGAUCCUUGGGUGGGUGGCUUGACUGGCCUACUGAAGUUCAAUCAUCCUUUUGGACGAGAACCUGGUGGGGACGAGUAUGCCGAUUAGGCAGUUGAUGAGAUAUGCCUACAUAUGGAUGCACAUAUUGGUGAUUAUUUGAUACCCAUACGUUUGGAUAAUAAUGAAGUCAUGAGGAGAGCUAGCACUCUUAAUGCGAUAAGAAAUCGAAAACAUAAAUGCUUCUACAAAGCAAGAUUAAGGCUAUCAAUAAGCUUAUAGAGAAUUUUAAACGAAUACCAUAGUAGGGACAUCACCGACUUGUUGUUGAGUGACUU